AUGAUGAGCGAUAUCGUUAGCAACUGGAAGCUGGAGCAGUUUGUGCUCCAGAAAUGUCUCCCCCCGGUUUGGUCCCCGGGGUCCUUCCAGGGCCCGGAGGCAUACCAGCAGCUGUGCCAGCAGUGGGAGAGCUGGUCGGAGGAGACUAAAAAGCCGAAACCCACAAAUAAGUGCAAGAAGCGAGCGGCUUUGCAGGGAUUGUUGAUGGUGGGCAGAGAGUUGUCCAAAUUGCUGAAGGAGGCUCUUGAGAAUGUGCAGAAACUGGAGCAGGCCAAGGGCGAGCUCAAAAUGCAGGUGGACAACCUGCGGGCAGAGGUGCAGGGUUUGUGCGGGGACUCUCUGCGUAGCGCAGUGGAGAUCACCCGGCUGGAGAGCAAGCUGGGCUAUGAGAAGCUGAAAACGGAGGAGCUGGAGAAGGAGGUUGGCAAGUGGAUCGGGGAGACCCACGAUGCGCAGAGCGCGGUGCGGGCAGUCCUGCAGGACGUCCAGCGGGACCGGGGCACUGGCCCUGAUCACAAGGUAUGCCACGCCAAGAUCCAGGAGCUGCAGGCAGAGCUGGGGGUGUCGAGGGGUAUCGUGGCUGCCAUCCAAGGCAAAAGGAACCGGUUUGGGAAUGGUGAGGGGGAGGACUCCUCGGACCCACAUCCAGCCCACUAUGACUAUGAGGAUGAUGUCUGGGGUGCCAAUGGCCCCACCAGGCCAUCCCCUUACGCUCCUCUGCGGGAGGAGAUGUGCCAGCUGCAAGGGGGGGAGGUGGAGGCUUCUAAAAGUAAAAAGAGCCCCCCUGAGGAGUCAUCUGGCCACGGCCCACUCCAGGUCAUAGACACCAACAGGGCUGUGCUCUGGUUUACCCCUGAGCAGCUCAAGACAGUGGGGAAGAUGCUGGGGCCAUUGACGAAGGAGACAGCGGUCAACUGGCUGUCCAGGGCCCAGAGGCUGCCCAGGUGCCAGAGUGGCAACUCAGUGGCUGACCUGAUAGACGUGGUGAGAAAGUGCAUGAAACCAGACGAUUUUGCGGCAUUACCAGGGGAUGUGCAGAUGGGCAAUGUCCAGGACAUCGGGGAUGUCCAGCUGGCCGUGCUUAAGGUGUUCUUCCCAGAGGUCAACCCCUUAGUGCUCUUCCACCAGGAGAAGCAAAACCCUGAGGAGCGUCCAGAUGCUUACGUUAACCGUAAGAAGAUGCUCUAUCAGAUGGCUGGGUUGCCUGGCUCAAAGGACACCCCCCUUGAUUUUGACAGGCCUGAAUUCAAGGAGCCACUAGUGGUGGGGCUGACCCCCCCCUUGCGAGUGAUCGCCGGUGGGGAUGCAGCCAGAAAGCCGCUGUCAGAGCUGGAGCAGAUCCUGACCCAGAAUUUUGAGCUGCAAAAGCAGGCGUUCCCAGGGUACAUGCUGGGGGGGAAGAAAGGGAAAACCUCGGCCAUGUCCUUCCAAAGUGCAGGGGUGAGAAAAACGCAAGGAGACAACCGAAAAGAUCCUGAUGGCAAAGGUGGUUCAGGGAAGGAGAACCAGCAAGGGCUGAGGUUUCAGAAGUCCAACCCUUGGCGGGCUGAGCUGAGGAAGCGCUUGAUAAAAUACGAGAAGCAGGAGGAUAUUGAUGGGCUGAACGGCCAAAAAUCCCCAGUGCCGUUCACAGGGCCCAUACCCUUUGAAAUUGGGACUGCCAAAGGGUCUGAAAAAUUUGGGAAAAUGGAAAUUAAGGGAAAGCUAGGAAUUCUAGCCAUUUCUGCACUGACAAAGAUGGGGGUGGUGGUGGAUCUGGCAAACCAAGUGCUGUUACAUUGCCCCCAAAGUGAUGUGCCCAUCAUCCCGGCAAGCCACAGGGUGAUGUCGGUGAAAGCCCCUGAGCUUCUAAUCCACCCUGAGUGGGAGCCCCGAGUGAAACGGGUCACAGAGCAGUUCCCCCAGGUCUGGGCAAGGAGCAAGCUGGACUGCGGUCAGAUUGACGCUGUUGUGGCAGUCAAAGGGCCAGAUCCCCCUCCUCAGCCCCAGCCCUGGUACCCGGCUGAGGCUGAGGACGGCUUGUGGGAAACAGUCAAAAUCUUGCUGGAGCAGGGGGUGCUGGUGGAGAAGCAGAGCACCAGCAAUGCUCCAAUGUGGCCCCUGCGGAAAGCUGAUGGGAAAACGUGGAGGCUGACGGUUGACUUCAGUGCCCUGAACCGUGUCACCCCACUGCGGACCUCAGCAGUGGCCAAGUACCCCGACAUCAUGGCAGCCAUCUCCCGGGAAUCCAAGUGGUUCUCGGUGCUCAGCCUGACCAGCCCGUCCUUUGCCAUCCCCUUGCACCCGGAGUCCUGGCACAAGUUUGCCUUCACCCUUCGAGGACGGCAAUUUGCCUUCACCAGAGUCCCCCCAGGAUUCCACAACGCCCCUGCCAUCUGCCAUGCACAUGUGGUGAGGAUGUGGGAGAAGCUUGGCCACCGGGAGAGCGUGCUGUCCUGCGCCGGUGAUGUCCUCAUCCACACCCGGACGAAGGAGGAGAACCUGGAGGUGCUGGCGGAGGUGCUGGAGGCUGUCCAGAAGACGGGCUUCAGGAUCAGCCCCACAAAGGCCCAGCUGUGCUGGAAGGAGGUCUCCUACCUGGGAGUGACCCUGGGGGAGGAAGGGCGCUCUCUGGAAAAGCAGAGGGUCGAGCUAAUACAGAAGGUGUCGGCGCCGGCCGAUGCCACUACCCUGAGGUCCUUUCUGGCUCUCCUUAGGUUCUCCCGAGAGUUCGUUGAGGGCUAUGCAGAGAAAGCUGCUCCCCUCUGUCACCUCCUGAAGAGAGACACCCCCUGGGAAUGGGGGCCAGAGCAGGAUGAGGCAGUGAAGACCUUAAAGGAGAGUGUGGCAAAAGCCCCCGUGCUGGUGCAUCCCCAGGGGGACAGACCCUAUGUCCUGCAGCUGGCCAGUGCAGGGAAGGGGUUGCGGGCCACCCUGGGCCAGUGGCAUGGUGCCCACCUCCUCCCCAUUGCCCAUGCCUCGCGUCUCCUGACGCCGGCUGAGCAGCAGUUCACUGACUACGAGCGGGAGGCUUUAGCCUUGACCUGGGCCCUGCAGCACUGGGAGUACCUGUUGGGGUCAGCCCCGGUGCUGCUGAGGACCUCCCGUGUCCCGGUGAGGUACCUCUUGUCAGGGAACAGGGACAAGGGCCCCCCCUGCUGCCCCAGGAUGGCCAACUGGGCAUUGGCAUUGACCAACAAGGAGGUCCUCGGGGAGGCAGGGGAGUCCUUGUCUGGUGCCUAUGGGGUGGUAAUCAGUGGAGAGAGGGACGGGGAGGUGCUGGGGGGUCCCCCAGCUGAGCCCAAGCUGCGGCGGGCACCCCUGUUUGAGAGCAGCCUCAGCCUGGAGGAGGCCAAGGAGAGAGGCUAUGCCGUGUGGUUUGUAGACGGGUCCAACUACCACGAGGAAGGGGUGCCCUACACAGGCUACGCUGCUGUGAACCAGGGCACGGGGGAGGUGGUGAAGGGUAAGUGCCUGCCGCACUCCAUCCAGGCUGCUGAGCUGGUGGCCCUGACGGCCGCCCUGGAAAACACGCCGGCAGACCAGCCGCUGGCCGGAUUUUCUGACUCGGGUUGGGGGCUGCUGUACCUCGCGAGGCUGGCGGAGCAGAGGGUGCACCCGGCCCAGAUCAUUAAGGUCAAGGCCCACAAGAAGGGAACAGAGGAAGCCAAGUGGAACAAGGAGGCGGAUGCCAAAGCCAAGCAAGGGGCAAAGGAAGGGCUGAUGUGGAAGGCCAGCAAGCACUCAGAGAAUGGCCCCAUGUUGGUGGCUCCCAGCAGACACUGGGAGAGCGUGGACCUGCUGGGCUUGCAGGCGCAAGACCCCAGCAUCCGGGAGUUAGCGCAGGGCAAGGAGUACAAAGGGUGCAAGGUGUGGAAGGAUGCCUUGGGGCUGGUCCUGGCGCGGAGGGAGGGGGCGGACUUCCCGGUCUGGGUGGUGCCUGAACUCGUCAGGAUGGAGCUGGUGGCCCUGGCUCAUGAGCAGGGUCAUAUGGGGACAGACAAGACCAUGGCGAGGCUGCAGGGCACUGGGUGGUGGCCUGAAAUGAGAGAGGAUGUGGAGAGGUAUGUCAGCAACUGCCUGACGUGCGCAGCCAACAAUCCCGACGCCAAAACAGCAAAAGCCCUCCUGGGCUACCAGAGGCUUUCUGGGCCGUGGAGCAAGUUGCAGAUGGAGUUUAUUGGCCCUUUGCCCCAAACAGCUCAAGGGAACAGGUAUUGCUUGGUGAUCAGCGAUAACUUCACCAACUGGGUGGAAGCAUUUCCAGCUCGAAACAACACAGCCAGCACGACCGCCAAGAUCCUGGUAGAGAAUGUCUUCUCACUGUGGGGCGUCCCAAAGGAGAUCAACUCAGACCACGGCCAACGCUUCAUCGGAGAAGUCACGAAAGGGGUGUGCCAAGCCCUGGGUAUCAAGCAAAAGCUUCACAUCACAGGGCAUUUCCAGAAGCCCAGCUCGGCAGAGGGGCCCAACCAACCACUGAAGACGGCACUGAGAAAGCUCAUGAACCAGCAAAGGAAAGAUUGGGAUCAGAAGCUCCCAGUGGUUCUGCUGGCAUUACGGGGGGCCGUGGCAUCUCAAGCACCUUCUCCCCAAAAGCUGCCUCCUGCAAAAGACCUGAAGCUGCUGGGACACUGGUGGCAAAGAGGGGAGCCACCUGACAAACUGCAGCCCCGUGUGCUGACGGAUAGGUGGGUCCAGGACAUGCUGAGGACAAUGUCGGCUACGUACCACCAGCUGGCCUCGGUGCAGGAGACCAACAUCCCCAAGAUGGAUAAGCACCUGGGAGCGCUGCUGCGCCCCAUGGAGUGGAACACGGGGGACCUGGUAAUGUAUCGGGGGGUUAGAGAGAAGAACCAGGUGCUGGGACCCCAGUGGAUGGGGCCUGUUAGGGUUGUGAACAAGGCCAGCCCCUCCAUGUUCCAGGCGACCCGGGCCAGGAGAGACCUGCUGGCCACUGCCCUGGGAGGAGGAGGUGCCGGGCUGGGAGUCCUCAACAGUAUGAACGUUGAAGUCUUGGCCAACAAGUUGGAGGCUGUCACCUCAGGUGUGCAGGGCCUCCUCACCCCCCUGAAUUCAUCCCUGGUCAGCCUUGGGAUGGGGCAGUGGCUCGUGUCAGAGGUGUUGCCCACCUGGGAACAAAUAAGUGAGAAAGACCACCAGCUGCUGUUGCGAGCACUGGGCAUUGAACAAAAUAACGUUUCCCUUGCUCUUAGUUGCAUCCAGGCCCAGAUGUGGGUGCAGAGUGUCGUUGCAGGUAUCCUGAGAGAUGGCGACAACGGCGUCCUCCCCACAGAGAUCCGAAAGAUUGUGUGGGAUGUGGCCACAGAGAAGGAGCGGCAGCUCCAAGCCUGGUGGAGGCUUGUCAACUUCACCCACGACCAGAUCCUCAACGCAGUCAUUGCCCACGUCCUGACCGUGGUAGAGGCUCGCAUCGAAAAGGUCUACCCCAUCGUGGCCCUGGGGGUUAACGCAAACGGGUCCGUGGUCUACCCCCUGGACCACCGCAUGUGGGCCAGGGUGUCUGAUGGGAAAUGGCAAUCGGUAGAUUUGGAAGCCUGCAUUUUGGAAAGGGGGCUGGGAUUCAUAUGCGAAGAUGAUGCCCUUAAGGCGAGUGAUGUUUGCUUUGACACCAAAGAAGGGGUGUGCCAUUUUGAGCUCAAUCCCCAGAGCAGUAACAAAACCGUGUUAGUGUUUUGGUGCGUGUGUUUUAGAACGAUGUGUAAAUACGUGCAAAUUAACGAAGUUUAUAAUCAGACCGUGUUUAAUGACUCAAAUAUGUGUGCUUGCAAUGUAGCUAUUAUUAGAGGCUGUGAUUUUGUGUAUAAACCGCCUGUGUUCACUAGCCAGUUGCUAAUCAGAAACUACACCUUGUACCGUAGUAUAAGCCCGACCCCCAUCGGUAUGGAUUUGUCACUCGUGAAAGAAAUGUUAGAGCACGCACAUUUACAGCAGCUGUUAGAAAAUGCUAAGGCAGAAGCUAAAAAGAUCCUAAUAACUGUACAUCAUGAUGGUAAUGUUAUAAAACAGGUAAUGGAACGAAUUAAGAGGGUGGGAGAACACCGCUGGUGGGAAAUUUUCUUCGGCUGGUCCCCCACAGCCACCGGCAUCUUCAACACCCUGCUGCACCCCAUUGUAGUUAUACUGCUAACGCAAAUCUGCCUGUGCUUUGCCAUGGUAGCGACUUGCUACCGGAUGAGGCAGAUAAAGUUCUGCAUUGACAACCAGGUGAAAGGACUGGGGCUGGCCAAGAGACUCCUACCAUAGUCAAGGGCAAGACUGGGUUGGCCUCUGUGUUUGCCGCCAAGAAGAACUUUUAGCUCCGCUGUUGGCUGCAACCCAGUAGGCGUUGAGCGGUGGGGACACACGCCAUACCAGACCUUGAUGUGAGGGAUGGCCUCCUCUGUUACAAGAGGGCCAUCCCAGGAGGGAAGGGCAGGCCAAGCAGCCUGCGGCUGGCAUGAAUCACGGAAUGGUUGAGGUUGGAAGGGACCUCUUGAGAUGAUCUAGUCCAACCCUCCCUGCUCAAGCAGGGUCACCUAGAGCAGAUCGCCCAGGACUGGGUCCAGUUGGGUUUUGACUAUCUCCACAGGCAGAGACUCCACAACCUCUCUGGGCAAACCUGUUCCUGUGUUUGAUCACCCUCACAGUAAAAAAGCAAGAAUUAGCAUAAGUAACUUGUCUUUGAACCUCCCAUCCCCAAAUGCUAAUGUGAUGAAGCUGCUCUUGUGUGAUUUAAGACUCCUUUAAGCAGAGGAGAAGGGGAUAAGGAAAGCCAAGGACAGUGCCUUUGGAAAGAAAGAGAAGCGAACAUAAUGCCUGAGCGUGGAAAAGCACCCACUGAAGAAGGCAGAGGUGUUACAAGCCGCAAAGACUUGCAGAGACGAUAAAAGAUGAGUGGAACGGAAGACCCUGUAAUCACCUUGGACUUAAAGGAGCUGAAUCCACAUGGACCUUUGCAGCAACUAUCUCCGGGUUCCCAAGACUCCCAGGACGUCUGGCCAACGGAUUGGUGAGAUCUUCUUUUCGGAGCCUGGACAUCACUGCUUUGCUUUGCCUAGUUAUGCAUGUACUCAAUAAAAUCUGUCUGUUAG